GAAAUUUGAGUCUUGAUGCUGACGGCGUCCAUGUGUCCUCAGUGUCGCGAGGCUUUGACCACCCGGCAGAAGCUGAUCGCUCAGGACUACAAGGUGAGCUACUCGCUGGCCAAAGCCUGCAAGUCGGACCUGAGGAAAUACCGCUGCAGCGCCGACAACAACAUGCCCCGAGCCCGAGAAGCUCGUCUGUCCUACCUGCUGCUCUGCCUGGAGUCCGCGGUCCACAGAGGUCGCGUGGUCAGCGGCGAGUGUCAGGGCGAGAUGAUGGACUACAGGCGGAUGCUGAUGGAGGAUUUCUCUCUGAGUCCGGAGAUCGUGCUGCACUGUCGCAGCGAGAUCGAGGGUCACUGCUCCGGUCUGCACCGCAAAGGGCGAACGCUGCACUGCCUGAUGAGGGUCGGCCGAGGAGACAUGGGCGCCAUCGACACCAACUGCCAGAGGGCGCUCCAGACUCUGAUCCAGGAGGCCGACCCCGGCGCCGACUACCGCAUCGACCGAGCGCUCAACGAGGCCUGUGAGUCCGUCAUCCAGACCGCCUGCAAACACAUCCGCAGCGGAGACCCCAUGAUCCUGUCCUGCCUGAUGGAGCAUCUGUACACGGAGAAGAUGGUGGAGGACUGUGAGCACAGACUGCUGGAGCUGCAGUACUUCAUCGCCAGAGACUGGAAGUUGGAUCCCGUCUUGUAUAAGAAAUGUCAAGGCGACGCCGCCCGCCUCUGCCACACUCAAGGCUGGAACGAGACCAGCGAAAUGAUGCCGCCUGGCGCCAUAUUUUCCUGCCUGUACCGCCAUGCCUACCGCUCCGUGGAGCAGGGACGGAGGCUCUCCAGGGACUGUAAGGUGGAGGUGCAGAGGAUCCUCCACCAGAGGGCGCUGGACGUGAAGCUGGACCCCGAGCUGCAGAGACGAUGUAUGACCGACCUCGGGAAGUGGUGCAGCGAGAAGACUGAGGCCGGACAGGAGCUGGAGUGUCUGCAGGACCACCUGGAGGACCUGGUGUCGGACUGCAGAGACGUGGUGGGGAACCUGACGGAGCUG